UGUCAUGCCAUCAUUAUGACAUGCCUUAAAGGUCGCAUGCUGCGACCUUUAUCAUUUUCGUUAUAUAUAUAUGGACAUAUAUACAACUUAACAAAUGCAAUCUACGUUAGAAAACACAUGGCUGAACCAUCAGCAAUGAAUCAAAAUGGUACUACCACAAAAUUAAACCAAAGAGAUGAAACAUCUUUAGUGAAUGAAGAAGUAGAAGUUGAGCAUCUUAAACAAUGUCUUCCAAAGACAACAUGGAUGGGUAGUAAGCAAAACCUACUCAUUAAAAUUCAAGACUUUUGGUAUUUAACCAAUUUCUCUAACAUCCUUACUUUCCAAACACAUUUCCUUGCUCAAGACACCGAUCUUAUAGUGGCUAGCUUUCCGAAAACCGGCACCACUUGGUUGAAAUCGCUACUGUUUUCUAUUACUAAUCGGUUUGUAAACCCCCCUAAUAAAACACCUUUGCUUACCAACAAUCCACAUGAACUUGUGUGUGAUUUAGAGACCGCUAUCUAUGGUGGAAACACCGGGAACUCUAAGCUACCGCACCCUAACCAACUUAACGAACUCCCUUCACCUCGGCUUUUCAGUUCACACUUGCCUUACUCGUCCCUUCCUGAAUCUGUGAAGGUUUCUUCUUGUAAGAUCUUGUAUAUUUGUCGAAAUCCCUUAGACACGCUUGUGUCGCACUGGCUUUUCUUUCCAAAGCUGAUAAAGAAGAUAACAGGAGACGAAAAUUUCCAACCCUCAAACAUUGAAGAUUUCUUUGAAGACUUUUGCCAAGGUGAGGUUAUAUAUGGGCCGUUUUUCGAGCACGUAGUUGGAUACUGGAAGCAAAGCUUAGAGCAGCCUAACAAGGUGUUGUUUUUUAAGUACGAGGAUUUAAAAGAGAAUCCUAGUGCUCACGUAAAGAAGUUGGCGGAAUUUGUUGGUAUGCCAUUUUCUACGCAAGAGGAAAAUGAAGGAGUUAUUGAAGAAAUAAUAGAUUUGUGUAGUAUCAAUACUCUUAAAGACCUCGAGGUUAAUAAGAGUGGUUCUCUUAGCCAUUUCUUUGAAAAUAAGACAUUUUUUAGGGAUGGAGAGGUCGGAGGGUGGACUCGUUAUUUGACUGAUUCCAUGGCGGAGAAGAUGAACGAAUUGAUUGAACAAAAACUUGGAGGUUCGGGAUUGUCCUUUAAAUUGAAGCCCCUAUAAAUCAAUGAGUGUUAUGUAUUAUACGUAAGAUUAUUGAAAGUGAUUAUAAAUCAAUGUGUGUUAUGUAUUGUACGUAAGAUUGUUUUUUUUUUCUUUUUCCAAAAGGGGAGUACAUCCAUGAGUGUUAUGUAUUGUACGCAAGAUUAUUGAAAGUAAUUUUUUUUUUUUGAGGGAUAUUGAAAGUAAUUAUAAAUCAAUGAGUGUUAUGAAUUAA